AUGGCGCCAGCUCAGUCGACCCUGCGCCGCCGGCUGCGCGACGACUACGCCUUGCCGCUCGCCGCCCACUACCUGAGCCGGCGCAGGCUCUACUCGAACCUCCUCAUGGUCGCAUUUAGUGCCUACGUCCUCCAGAACACGGCGAGCUCGAGUGCGGGACCACGUGGAAGGAAGAAACGUGGGCCACGAGUCGAGGUCGACGCCCUCUUCUUCCAGCGCUUGUCGCGCCUCCUCCGCAUCGUCCUCCCCUCGUUCCGCUCAAAGGAGGCGUCCCUCCUCGUCCUCCACUCGUUCUUCCUCGUCAUGCGCACCCUCCUGUCGCUCUACGUCGCCUCGCUCGACGGGUCGAUCGUCUCGGCCCUCGUGCGCGCCCAACCGCGCCAGUUUGUCCUGCGCAUCUUGACCUGGAUGGCUGUCGCCGUCCCGGCCACCUACACCAACUCGAUGCUCACGUACCUCCAGAGCAAGCUCGCCAUCGCCUACCGCACGCGCUUGACCAAGAAGGUGCACGAGGACUAUCUGGACGGCACGACCUUCUACGCCCUCGGCAACCUCGACGACCGCGUCAAGAACGCCGACCAGCUCAUCGUCGUCGACAUCCAGAAGUUCUCGACUGCGCUCGCCGAGAUCUACUCGAACAUCGCCAAGCCCGUCCUCGACGUCCUCGUGUACAACUACCAGCUGUCGCGUUCGGUGGGCGCCGAGGGCCUGAUCGCGCUCACCGUCAUCGUGCAAGCCUCGGCGGCGCUCCUCAAGUACGCGACGCCGCCGUUCGGCCGGUACGCCGCCGAGGAGCAGCGCCUCGAGGGCGAGUAUCGGUUCGCGCACACGCGACUGCUCGAGCACGCCGAGGAGGUGUCGCUUCUGCGCGGCGCCCACACCGAGAAGAACAUCAUCGAGCGCACCUACUUUUCGCUCAUCAAGCACGUCAACCGCGUCCUUCGCAUGCGCAUGGCGUACGCGCUCGUCGAGGAGGGCAUCGUCAAGUGGGUGUGGGGCAGCCUCGGCCUGUGCGUGUGCGCCGUGCCCGUCUUUGGCGCCAAGCUCGUCGGGCUGGGGUCCAGGUUCGUCACCAACCGGCGCCUGCUCCUCUCGGCCUCGGACGCUCUCGGUCGCCUCAUGUCGACCUACCGCGACCUGUCCGAGCUAUCGGGCUACACGGCGCGCGUCUCGGAGCUCCUCGACACGAUGGACGACGUCAAGCAGGGCAAGUACCAGAAGAAGCUCGUCGGCGGCGGGAGCACGGCGGGCAGGACGGUCGGCAAGGGCGACGAGGUCGCCGAGAACGCCAAGAUUCUGCAAGGGCGCGGCAAGGUCGUCCACUCGGACAACGAGAUCAUCUUCGACAAGGUGCCCAUCGUCACGCCCAACGGCGAUGUCCUCAUCAAGAGCCUCAGCUUCUACGUCAAGCCCGGCAAUCACCUGCUCGUCGUCGGCGGCAACGGGACGGGCAAGUCGUCGCUGUUCCGCAUCCUCGGCGGGCUCUGGCCCAUUUACGGUGGGACGGUCACCAAGCCGCCGGCGAGCGAGUUCACCUACAUCCCGCAACGGCCGUACCUGUCGCUCGGCACCCUGCGAGACCAGAUCAUCUACCCGCACUCUCGGUCGCAGAUGCUCGCCCGCGGCGUCACGGACGCGGACCUGCUCUCGAUCCUGCAGCUCCUCGAGGUGGACGGUAUCGUCGAGCGCGAGGGUGGCUGGGACGCGCAACGCGAGUGGCGAGACGCUCUGAGCGGCGGCGACAAGCAGCGGCUCGCCAUGGCCCGCCUCUUCUACCACAAGCCGAAGUACGCCAUCCUCGACGAGUGCACGAGCGCCGUCACGCUCGAGGUCGAGCAGCUCUUCUACGAGCACGCGACCGAGCUGGGUAUCACGCUCCUCACCGUCUCGCAUCGGCCGUCGCUCUGGCGGUACCACACGCACAUCCUCCACUACCUCGGCGGCGGCGACUAUGCGUUCGGGCCGCUCGACUGGGAGGCGCGCCUCGCCCUGCAGGAGGAGAAGCAGUCGCUCGAGCAGAAGCUCGCCGACGUGCCGACGUGGGAGGCGCGACUCGCCGAGCUGCUAGACGAGGGCGAAAAGCGCGAGCACCGCAAGGAGACGAUCUGAGCGUCGUUCGGCGAGGCGGACUCCGUGGGGUGAUGGAGGGAUUCUCUCGAUUGUCGUAUCCCUUCCAGUGUGCAAAGUGUGACUAGCUGCUUGUC